UUCGAGGAAACUCUAUCACUGAUUUUUUUUUUAAUUUUUCUUUUUAUUUUUUUCCCACACCCCAAAAUCGCAGAUUCAUCGUCAUCUCUCUCUCUCUCUCUCUCCCACAUGACGUGAAGGAUGCCAUCGCGCCAACUCCUGUCGUCGCCGGAAUCAGCUGCCGGAGACCGCGAGCCGGUGCAGCACCGGACUUUCGCUGCAGGCAUCCACCUCAUCGCCGCCGCCUCGAGCGCCGCGGCGGCUGUCUUCUGCCUCGUCCUCCUCUCUGUGUUCUGCUGCAAAAUCUGGCAGAGGAGGAAGAGGAGGAGGAAGAAGGACGAUUUAGCGUGUUUGCGAACCAACCUGAAGCUCCUCCGCUUCUCGUACUCGCACCUCCGCCGCGCCACUGGGUCCUUCUCGCUGGAGAACAAGCUCGGCCAGGGUGGCUUCGGAUCCGUCUACCGCGGCACACUCGACUGUGGUCAACCCGUGGCAGUGAAGCGCAUGGACCCCGGCUCGCUGCAGGGGGAGCGCGAGUUUCAGAAUGAGCUACUUCUUGCUGGGAAGCUGGCCUUCUCCGAUCACGUGGUCUCGUUGCUGGGGUACUGCUCAGAUCGGAAGAAUCGGCGGCUUCUGGUUUACGAAUUCAUGCACAACUCGAGCCUCCAGGAUGCCCUAAUCGACCGGAAAUCGCCGGAGCUCAUGAAUUGGGAGCUGCGAUUGUCGAUUGCCCUUGAUGUUGCCAAGGGAUUGAGGUUUCUGCACACUGCCUGCGAUCCCCCAAUCAUUCAUGGUGACAUCAAGCCGAGUAAUGUCCUCCUCGACCUGCAUUUUGCUGCGAAGAUCGCCGAUUUUGGACUCGCGCGGCUUAAAUCGGAGAUUGAGGCGGAGGCCGUCGUCCUUGAUCUGGAGACGGAGACCGGAACGGCGGGCGAGAGGAAGAGGAGGAAGCGGAAGAAGGAGAGGAUGAAGGAGGAGGAGGUGGUGUCCGCCGAUUUGGAGACUGAAAGCGUUGCGACGUUGGAGGACGGUAAGGGGAUCAGAUCGCCAGAGAAUCUGGCGAGUUUCCUCUCUCCGGAGCCAGGCGAUGCAUCACCGGAUAACACUCGGGAGGCGGCCUCUGAGACCGCGGUAGAGGCAUCGCCGUCGGAACUGAUGGAGAAGACGAGCGUCUCCGAAGCAUGUUUCGACAAGCUCAGCAUGGACAGCGGCGGGAACAGGAGAGGCGACUGUAGGAAAAAGAGCCUCUCGGGCCGAGAUUGGUGGUGGAGGCAAGAUGGUGGGUCGGAAUCCGGGGUGAAGGACUACGUCAUGGAGUGGAUCGGGACUGAAAUUAAAGACAGGCCCAGUAGCGGAUGGAUGGCUGCGGACGGAAGUACUGCGGCCUCUGCCGCUGAGAAACAGAAUCCGAAGCGGAGGAAGCACAAGAGGCUCGAUUGGUGGGGGGCGCGGGACAUUGAGCGCAGCUGGAAGAAAGAUAAGUACAGGCAGGGACGGGAGUGGUGGCGGGAGGAGUUCUGCGAAGAGCUGACGCGGAAGAGCAGGAAAAAGAAGAAUAACCGGAGGGAAGGAGACGACUCGGGGGAGCUAUGGUGGGAGAAGGACCAAUCGGACGCUAGGCGGAAGAAGAAAUGGCGCAGCCGGGGCGCCGCCGACUGGUGGAUGAACGGCUUCAGCGGUGAGAUACGGAUCGGCCGAAGGAGCGUCCGCAGCGGGGACGACGUCCCUAAGAGCGGCGGAAUCAGCAGCACCCCGAGUAUGAGGGGCACGGUCUGCUACGUGGCGCCGGAGUAUGGCGGUGGUGGAAUCCUUACUGAGAAGAGCGAUGUCUACAGCUACGGCGUCCUCCUCCUUGUCAUCAUCUCAGGCCGGCGGCCGCUUCAGGUGACGGCGUCGCCGAUGACGGAGUUUGAGCGGGCCAAUCUGAUCUCUUGGUCGCGCCACCUCGCCCAUUCGGCUCGACUACUCGAGCUGGUCGAUCCAAAUUUGAAGGUUUUCGACCGGGAGCAGGCCUUACUCUGCAUUACAGUGGCGCUCCUCUGCUUGCAGCGGUCGCCGGCUCGCCGACCGGCCAUAGCAGAGGUGGUGAAAAUGCUGUCCGGAGACGUCGACCUCCCCAACCUGCCCGUCGAAUUCUCCCCCUCUCCUCCUUGCGGGUUUCAGUUCAAGUCAUCCCGUAGGAAAUCAACCUUCAGGAGUUCCGGCGACAACAGAGACCAUAUGCCAUCGUGACCACUCGCAAGUCCGCGGCAGUGAUCACCGCCGCCACCAACUGGUAUUCCUCUUUUUUUCUUUUUUAAUUUUCUCUGUUCUGUGGAAAAGUAUACUGAAAAAGUAAAAAGAAGCAAAAUGAAAGAGAAAAUCAAAAUCAGGAAAAGCAGAUUUUUUGGUUC